AUGCCAGGCCGUCAAUGCAGGGCAAACAAAGCCCAGGCAGCUGCUGUUGCUACUUCCACUGCUGCUCCAAUCCCUGCUGCUGCAGCAGCAAAUGCUACUACCCUCCUAAACCCCCAUCGGCGACAACUUGCUGUUAGAUACAGAACCAGCGAUGCAGCUCAUGCUGGUCCAGAUGAGGGAGAAAGCUUUGACCUUGAGAAUAUCUCAGGGGAUGAAGAGGAACUGGGCAAUACUCCUACUGACCCUCUGGCCACUGGUAAUCUCAAGCAGACCAAAGGGACAACUGAUAUAGCUCAUUUCUACCAGAUUGAUUCUGAUACUAAGGUCAAAACUUGCACCCCUUGCAUAGCACUACAUGAGAUUGACAGAAUGCACAAGGUCCAGGUAUAUGCAGGUUCAACAGCCAGUUCAGCUCCCCAUAAUCAUGCUUCCAUUCACCACACAGAACUCUAUCUGGAAGCAGCAGAGCACUUUGGCUGGCGCAUAAUGAUAAAGGAUCUAAGUGAAUGGCUUGCUGAAGGAUGGACACUCACGAAAAUUCACAAAUGGCUCAACAAAUCACCUUGCACAAUGCAAAUGCUUGGCCCUCUACCUAACCAGGGAUCUGAUGCCUUGCGGCUGGUGGGAACCAGCUCUCCAGAAGAUGUAAUUCCAGACUCCACACUUGACAAGAUGCAUCACCAAAUUGUGAAGUUUAUUGUUGCUGAUGAUCAGGCAAUAAAUGUGAUCAAGUGUCCUGAAUUUCAGCGCCUCAUCUGUCUCUUAUGCCCAGAAAUUGGUGAGACUAGCCUAUUCCACCACAUGAAGGCCUGUGAAAUGAUCAUUGAGCAGUGGCAGGAAUACUUCAUUGCCUUGAAGAAAGACCUUUCUAACACACAGGGCAAAGUCUGCUUCACAUCUGACCUGUGGUCAGAUUUUAAGCUCUGGUCAUUCAUGGCCAUCAUGGCUCAUUGGAUUGCCAAGGCCAAUGCGGAUUCAGCACUCAUGUUAAAGGCGGCCCUCAUCAUGUUCCAUCAUGUCCCCAGCAGUCACAAUGAAGAAUCUCUAGGUUCCAUGAUAUUGUACCUGCUUGAUUGUGCAGAAACUGCGACCAAGGUUGACUGGGCAUUUCACUCUCAACAAUGCAUCCAACAAUCACACUUCAAUGCAGGAGCUUUCAACCCUACUCAGGCAAUGCGGGAUUGA